AAAAAGAGAAAGAAAUAGAAUUCAGAAAUCAUAUAAAAAUUUCCCAAUUGAAUUCAUCUCUCUUUCGAUUAAUAAUAAUCUCUUCUUACAGCGGCGAUUUUCGUAAUCUGAAAAUGGGUGUGCCGGAAACAGACCUACUUUCCCAGCUCAGCUUGCCUCCGGGAUUCCGGUUUUUCCCGACCGACGAGGAGCUUUUGGUACAGUACUUGUGCCGAAAAGUUGCUGGCCAACAAUUUAGCCUCCAAAUCAUCGGCGAAAUUGAUCUGUACAAGUUCGAUCCCUGGGUGUUACCAAGCAAAGCUAUAUUUGGUGAGAAAGAAUGGUACUUUUUUAGUCCCAGGGAUCGGAAGUACCCGAAUGGCUCCAGACCCAAUAGGGUCGCCGGAAGCGGGUACUGGAAGGCCACCGGCACCGAUAAAGUGAUCACCACUGAAGGCCGAAAAGUGGGCAUCAAGAAAGCGCUUGUGUUUUACGUCGGAAAAGCUCCCAAAGGAACAAAGACUAACUGGAUCAUGCAUGAGUAUCGCCUUAUAGAAUCUUCACGGAAACAUGGUAGCUCCAAGUUGGAUGAGUGGGUGCUGUGCAGGAUUUACAAGAAGAACUCUAGCUCUCAGAAGCCGAUGAUUUCGAGCUCGUUAACAAGCAAAGAACAGUACAGCAACGGCUCGUCGUCCUCGUCCUCGUCGCACCUCGACGACGUACUCGACUCGUUGCCGACGAUCGACCACCGGUUUUUCUCAUUGCCACGCGUCAGCUCUCUGAAGGCCCUUCAGGACGACGAUAAGCUCGGUUUAUACAAUUUGGGCUCAGGAAAUUUCGACUGGGCGAGUCUCGUCGGGCUCAACUCGGUGCCUGAACUCGUUCCUAGUAAUCAAGCUCAGACUCAGUACCAAGGAACCGUCGGAUUCAACAACGGUGAUGUUUAUGCCCCUUCGAUCCCUCCGCUUUGCCACGUGGAAUCGCCGGCGAAGAGGCUUGGGAACUCGGUGGAAGAGGAAGUACAGAGCGGACUCAGAACUCAGCGAGUGGAGAACUCGGGCCUCUUUCAGUCUAACUCGAACGUGUUGACUCAGAACUUCUCUAACUCGCUCGACCCGUAUGGGUUUAGGUACCCGACCCAGUCGGCAGGGUUCGGGUUUGGGCGGUGAAGAUGAGAAGAAGUUGGGAAAUGCAAAUAUUCGGGUUGGGAUAGUGCCGUGCGGAGUGCAUUUCUGUAAAUAACUGAGAUUCUUUGGGCUAUCAUUUUGGGUGUAGAUGCCAAAAAGGGGAAGUAUGGGGAGCUAUUUGGAAAUGUUUGGGAGUAUAGGUCCAAAAGGGCAAAAGAGAAUUUGUCCCCUCACACUUUUGCUUUUUAGCGUGGCGCACAAAUUCGAUGCAUCUUUGUACAAUACAAAUCCAAGGACGUGAUCAAUAUUUGGCAGUUGGUACAUGUCAUUUUGGAAGGAAAUAUUGUUAUAGAAUUCGGUUUCAAUCCUUAUCUAUUGAUUUUAUAUUUCUACCAUGAUAUAGUUCUUAUGCUUGUAAAUAAUUGAUAGACAAAAAAAUUAAAAAAAAAAAGGCUAUGUGCGGGUUAUAUGUUACUA